UUCCUUUUCUCCUUUUCUCAACAGUUCUCAAAACCUUGUUAAUGUGAUGGCUUAAACUAGUAAAAAGGCAUUUGGAUAACAUCAUGGAUGUCAGCAAUGGUGUGCGAUAUUACUAAAGUGGCACAGUGAGAGUCUGCUGUGUGAAACAUCAGAAGUUUAUAUUUCUUCUAAUUUUGCAAUGGUUUCCCAAUGAGUGGAUCAGGAUGAACAUACUUUAGGGACUUGCCAUAGUAUGGCUACUUCUCGAUCUACUCGUGUUACAAGAUCAACAGUGGGUUUAAAUGGCUUGGAUGAAAACUUUUGUGGUCGAACAUUAAGAAAUCGUAGUAUUGCUCAUCCAGAGGAGGUUUCACCCCAUCCUCAAGUACGGUCAAGGUCACCAAAGAAGAGGACAGAUUCUGUGCAAACUCAGAAGGGAAGUAAUGGUGGAAGAACUACUGAUUUGAAACAACAGAGCGCUCGGGAAUCAUGGGUAAGCCCUAGAAAGAGAGGACUCUCUACUUCAGAAAAAGACAAUGUUGAUAAACAAACUGUGGAAAAUUGUGAGAAAAGACAAGGAGAACCUGUAUCACCAGUUUUGAAAAGAAUUAAACGCUGUCUACGUUCAGAGGUACCCAACAGUUCAGAAGAAGACUUGCCUACUAAAACAGAAAAGGAAUCUUUGGAGCGUAAAAGCUUAGUGUCGGACAAUGAUGCAGUCUCUCCUGGGACUAAGAGAGCUUGUCGAUGUCUUAUAUUGGAUGAUUGUGACAAAAGGGAAAUUAAAAAGGUGAAUAUCUGUGCAGAGGGAUUUAAUAAUUCUGCAAUAGUUGAAGAAAUCACAGGCUAUCAGACUGUCAAUGGAGUUGGCGAGAGAGACUCAAAUUCUCUAAACUGUGAUGACUGUCAGUUUGAUGGGAACUCUAAGCAAAACAGUGCUGGCUCCUGUAUACCCAAGGACAAAACAGUAGCAGAAAAUGGAAACUCAUUUGCCCAUUCUUCAUUGUUGCUUAAUAGCAGCAAGGAGGAUGGUGUUGUAGACCAUUAUGUGCCUUGCACAAACUCUCAAGAACAGGUAAAGUUAGAGGACCACAAAAUAAUAAGUGACUGUUUGCCUGAGGAGCAUGCUAAUCAGGCAGAUGAGCCAGCUACUGGGUCCUUUUCUGAAAUCCAGUCAUCUUUGUUGAGGGAUUCUGAGGAGGAAGUAGACGUAGUAGGAGAUAGCAGUGCCUCUAAGGAACAGUGUGCUGAAAACACCACCAACAACCCGAAUACUCAUCAUGACAGUACAUCAAUCUCAGGUGAACCUGAACCACAUUCUUCGUUGCUGGACUGUGUUUCAGCUCAAAUGACAUCUAUUUCAGAGCUUCAAGAACACAGAUACACAUUGAGAACUUCACCACGAAGGGCUGCUCCUGCCAGAAGUAGCCCUACUAAAAACAACUCUCCUUGUAGAGAAAAUGGACAGGUCGAGGAAAAUAAUCUUAGUCCCACUGAAAAGAAUGUACCUGUAGGUAUUAAUAAUAUCAAUGGAUCUCCCAAAAAUUCUGAAGAAAUUAAACAGAAUGAAAAAGAGAGAAAUUGUAAUACAGAUAAUGGGAGUGACGGACUAAGAAAGCCGCUUUCAGAGACUAGGCUUGUUGCUGGAUAUGUACCAUCUGCCAAAGAGAGUGCCAACAACCACACUGCAGAGGAUGAGGAGGAAGAGCCUGAUGUGUAUUACUUUGAGUCAGAUCAUGUGGCAUUGAAACACAACAAAGAUUAUCAGAGACUGUUACAGACGAUUGCUGUACUCGAGGCUCAACGUACUCAAGCAGUUCAAGACCUUGAAAGUUUAGGCAGACACCAGAGAGAAGCACUGAAAGAUCCUAUUGGAUUUGUGGAAAGACUCCAGAAGAAGGUUGAUAUGGGUCUUCCAUAUCCUCAGAGAGUUGUUCAACUCCCUGAGAUUGCCUGGGACCAAUACACCACUAGCCUUGGAAACUUUGAGAGAGAAUUCAAAAACCGAAAACGUAACAGUAGAAGAGCAAAGCUGAUUUUUGACAAAGUAGGUAUACCUGCAAGACCAAAAAGUCCUUUGGAUCCCAAGAAGGAUGGAGAGUCAGUUUCUUAUUCUGUCUUGCCUUUAAGUGAUGGUCCAGAAGGUUCUACAAGCAGUCGUCCACAGAUGAUAAGAGGGCGACUCUGCGAUGAGACCAAACCUGAAACUUUUAACCAGCUGUGGACUGUAGAGGAACAGAAAAAACUCGAGCAGUUGCUUCUGAAGUAUCCCCCAGAGGAAGUAGAGUCCCGAAGGUGGCAGAAGAUAGCUGAUGAACUGGGAAAUAGAACAGCUAAGCAGGUCGCCAGUAGAGUGCAAAAAUAUUUUAUUAAACUGACUAAAGCUGGUAUUCCAGUUCCAGGAAGAACUCCAAAUUUAUAUUUAUACUCAAAAAAGUCAUCGAGUAGACGGCAGCACCCUUUGAAUAAACAUCUUUUCAAACCUUCAACUUUUAUGACAUCACAUGAGCCUCCAGUUUAUAUGGAUGAAGAUGAUGACAGAUCCAGUUUUCACAGCCAUAUGGAUAUUGCAGCAGAAGAGGAAGUAUCGGAUGAAGAGAGUAUUCCAAUAACAUAUCGUGAGUUACCUGAAUACAAAGAACUGUUAGAGUUUAAAAAACUGAAGAGACAGAAACUACAGCAGAUGCAUGCAGAGAGUGGAUUUGUGCAGCACGUGGGAUUCAAGGUGCCAACUAGGAUGCCAGACAGCUGUCGUGUUUGAAGAGAACAUUCCGGCCCAUCGUGCUUUCUGCCACCUCUUUGUUCUGCAGGGGAAAAGGAACUUCAACUCCAAGGAGAGUAUUUUUGAAAUAGGCAGUGAAAUUCCCCUCAGACACAGUGUUGUCUUGCAGCCAGCUCCUGUAUAGCCUGUCUGCACUCAACCCACAUGCUUCUGGUCUGAUGACAACCAGGUGAGACUAAUCCUCUGAGGGCAGUGUGAACCUGAUGGCAGCCUGUUCCCUGCCAGUCUAACCAGGUCAGCCUGGGCAGAUACUUUGUUCCCGUUCAGCUCAGUCACACCUGUGUAGCACAGCAAAAUGUAACUGCCAUACAGUUGGAUGAAGCAUGUGGGAUUAUGGCUUGAUAACUGGUACAUUAGGCAGGCAUUCUUCAAGAUGUUAUCUCCACGUCUGUGGAAAUGGCUGCCCUCCUCUUCCUCUGAUUCCUCCUGGAAAGCUGACAUAAUGGGGCUGUGGCUUGCAGGGAAUUAAACAGCACUGUGUGAAUGCUGCCUUGAACAGACAGCUCUGAGCCCGAGGCAGUAAAAAAUGCGAACGUAUUCUCUAUAGCUCCUGCAAGUAAUGGCUAUCUGUGCUGGAGCUGCAGGGUGCGUGCCAGCCUCUUGUGAGCAUUUGGUGGCUCCUAAACAGCUCCGAUAGUGAAGAAAAAUGCAGAAAAGUGUUUAGUACUAAAUGUGAUACUUCACUUGUAUUAUAUCUGAGCUUAUAUAGAUUAUCAAAUACAUUCACAUAUAUAAAUAGAAUUUUUGUAUACACUUACAUUUAUGUAUUUAAACAUAUGUGCAUUUGAUGAAUAUACAUCCUUUCCCCUCUUAAUAUGUUGGUUUCUUUUUAAUCUUUAUUCCAUAAAUGCAGCUGAAUUGGAUAACCAGUUUAGCCUCAUCAGUGCAGCUGCCUUGCCAGAGGUGUCUCAGUGCCCUUUUCUAGAACUGGGAUUGAUACUCAGUUCUAGGUCUAAGCAGCUGUGGGGAAGAAUCAGAUUUAUGAGCUUGGAAAUUGCUGCCCUUUUAUGACUGACUGGAAUGCUGCCUUCCUAACAGUCACAGUAGAAUAUAGCCAAGUUUGAUGGCAGCCCGGUGCUUCCUAUGAUGGCCUCCCAAAUAACAAAAGUCCAAUUCAUAACGCUAACGUAACCUUGUAGAACAAAACUAACUUAAUGUGGCACUGCUUCACAGCCAGUACACUUCACAGCAUCAGUGGCACUUUGCAGUUCCAGGAGAGAAAACUGUAUUCUUCAGAUUAUAAAACAACUCAUGAACCAUGACUGUUUUCAAAGUUAUUCAAGGCUAUGUUCUUAUAUUAAAAGCAAGAUCUAGAUACAAUUUUAUAUAGUGCUUCUUGUUCUGAAACGUCAGUAUGGCUCUAGAUAACUUCUAAUAUGGAACAAUGUAAUGAGCUUAUAUAAAAUGAUUAAAAUAAUCCUCUUCAUAAUACAAUGUUGCUCAUUCUAGGAUUAAAAUCAGUUAAUUACAUUUACUGUCAUCAAAUCUCCACUCGUAGGUUUGGGAGUCUAGAACCCUACAUAUAUACUGCCAGUGAGAAGAAACUGCCUGAGGAGAGGAUGGCUGAGGACUGUGGUUGUCACAAAGUCAGACCAAGACUGGAAUAAACUCAGUGGUUAGAA